AAAUGAAUCCGUUUCAAUCAUGAAGUUAGCACAGAGAGCAACAGAUUGUUUAGAACGAGCAACAUAUUUGAACGUAAUUGACAGUACGAGUAAGUGACAGUGUAUAACAAUGUCUGGGAGGCAGCCUUUGAGUGUGAGAGUAAGAGUAGUGACGUCACAUGCGCCAUAUUGGAGUGCUGAUUUUUGUCUCCGUGCUGCUCUUAUCUGCCUGUUUCCUGUUGGUUUCGGGGGAAAGAGCGAGUCAGAAAAUUCUUUAAAUAAUAAUGGAAAUCGACGGACUUCUGGAAGCCGUGAAAGAUUUUGAGAGAAAAGGGAAGAAGGAAGAGUCCCCUGUUUUGGACCAAUUUCUCUGUCAUAUUGCUAAGACUGGUGAGGCACGGUUUCAGUGGUUGCAGUUCAAAAGUUAUUUCGUUUUCAAACUUGAAAAAGUAAUGGAUGAUUUUAGGGCUUCGGCUCCAGAACCAAGAGACACUGGCAAUCCAAAUAUAGAGUUUACUCCUUAUGAAGAAAUGAAAGCACGGAUAUUAAAAAUCGUUGAUGGCUUUAAUGGGUCAAAUAUCAAUGGUCCUGGAACUCCAAGGCCGCUGAAUCGCCCCAAGUCUACAUUUUCUAGUUCCUUAGCUACCAAUGGAUUGCCGGACAGUACAGAAAACAAAGAGCUAAACUUGCAAGAAGAACUACACAGCGAGUCACCUGUAUCAGAAGCAGAAAGUACUCAAAGCACCAACAUGAAAAAUAAACAUUCUGAAGAUGAUAUUGUGGAAUCAGAAGGUCAUGAGGUGAAAAGAUUAAAAUUUGACAGAGGUGGUGGCUCAGAAGAGGAUGAAACAACAACACUGAAACCUUCAUCCAGUGAGAGUUCCUUAGAAAUGUCAGAAGCUUGUGAAAAUUCUUCAGAAAGUAUGGAUGGAGAUGAUGACAGCAGGAAGUGCAUGGCACAGUCUCUUUCAGAAGAAGAAGUGUUUAACAGGUACCUACAAGUUGAACAUCUGCCACAUUUGAAAUUGCCUGAAGAGCCAUCCAGUACACAGGUAGAGACGCCAUCAUUAAAAAGGAAAGAUGUGAGCGAGGCUGCAACAGCACAUAUAGAAAAAUCAGAUGACCAUACCCAGAUGGAUCAGUCUGACAAGUCUCAUCUGGAGAAGGAUUUGCAUUCAGAAACCAACACUAUUAAUGAAGAUGGUGAUUUUGUAACAAGUAGUGGUGUAGACAGCAGUGAGACUGAAGAAUUAGGUUCUUGCACUAGUGGAAUGCCACAAGUGCCCCAGGAAAUCUGUAUGGAAAACAGUGAUGACGCAACAGAAGAACCUAUGGAGCAGGACUAAUCACUAAAGGCUCCAGUUUUACACUGUGUAAUAUAUUUUAUGUAAUAAAGUGGACCUUUCAUUUUCCAGGAGAAGCAAACUGUAAAUUAUACUUUUCCAAGGAAGGAAACCUGGAAGAGUUGUAAAUCCUACAAACUGUCAAUAAAUACAAGCUCUUUCAGGUUAUGUUUACCGCUGAAUAUUUUUUGGUUUGGUCAGAUCAGUGGCUGUGUAUAGAGGUUUUUUUUUAUUUAGAAUUAAAGUUUUUAAACUGGAAGGUAAAAAAAAAAAAUCUAUCAUUUUGACAACUUUUGCAGCAUCACAUUUAGUAUAUGUAUGCAACAUUCUUGUGUUGUCUUAAUUCCCCCAGACAGCUGUAGCAGCUUUUUCAUAGUUGGUCAUAGUUUCAGUUUUCAGUGUUUGUAUUGUGGGGUUUCAUUCACAUUUCCAGAUUUUAUAUUUGUACUGUAAGGUUUCAUUCAGGUUUCCAGAUUUCAAGUUACAUUUCCUAAAGUUGUAUUUAAACAGUUGUGAAUAAGAACACAUUUCUUAUAGUCAUACACUAUAUUUUUCUGCUUCAAAACAGGAUGACUAACCUUUUGUAUCUCAAGAAGAGUUUUAGGUCACCUUUUUGCAAGGAAAAACAAAUUUUUGCAUCUGGAUUAAGCAAAUAAAAUCUGGUCAUCUGAAAUCCUGACCGUUUUCAGUAUUUUGAAAUACCAGGGAUGCCACAUUCCAAGAGUCUAGUUCAAACUGUGUACCUUACUAAAAUCUUAGUAAAUGCCUUUUUUUUUUUUUUUUUUUUUUUUUUUUAUAUAUAAUAAAUAUUCAAGAAAAGUGGGCGACUUUCAGUUACCCAUUACACAUUUCCUUUACUUUCAAUGCUUGCUUAAGCCUUUAUGUUCAUAGUGUGGUUGCAUUGUGGCCUGAUGAGUGAGUAUUUAUAAGAAUUAAAUACUUUGCAUGCCUUUCUAUUCGUUGUAUGGCAUUGUAUGUAUUUGAAUGUUGCUUUCACUAACAUUCUAUAGUAUGGUGAAGGCAAUAUGUUACCAGCCUUUUGGAAUGAAAAACCAUACUACCAUAGCUUUGCACCCGAGCUUAGCUGGACUAAAUUUUAAGGGUGCAUUAAUUUACGAUUAUUUGCAUUUAAGUUUUGAAGUUAGUUGGAAUAUAUUUCUUUGAACUUCCCACUUUUACAGACAUUGUUACAGUUUUCAGGUUUAUUGCAAAGCACUGAAAAAAUAUUUGAGCAUGCCACUUGGUAGUUUUCUGAGUACCAUAAAGCACAAUUGCUCCCACUAUUUUCAGAUACUUUCAUGAGUAAAAAAUAAUUAUUCAAGAUGCAACUCUUGGUUACAUAUACUGGUUGCUAUGUUUGUACUUGUUUCAACUGCACCUUUUGAUAUUUAGAAUUUUUAAAUUUUGUAGAUUGUAAUAAGUGUACACUGCCUUUGUGAAACGGUAUAUAAUUGUAUAAAUUCUGUGUGUAAACUUGAAUGCUUGGGCUUAAAGUACAGUAUUCAUAUAAAGCAAUAAAUAUUAAUAUGAAAUACAGAAGAGUUCAUUUUAUCCAAAAUCAACAUGCAAGAUUUCAUUCUUUUGGCUUAGCUUUAGGCUUAAAGCUCAAUGUAUGUAAUAGCACUUAAACAGUUGAUUUUGAAAGGAUGUUGAGGAUCUUUGUAUGCUGCUUAUUACUUUAGUAGACUACUUGUGUUUGUGUUCAGAUGGUAGGAUGGGCAAGCUUGAAAUAAUUUUGCAUAGUCUGUUCUAGCCUUAUUUACAGUUGUGUUUUCUUAAAGUUGUUGAAGUGUGGCUUCUGUGGCUGAAAAAUAGUUUUGUUUUGAUGCCACUUGCACUUAUGUAGCAUUUCAUUUGAUGUUUUACUGCAAUAAAGUCAAAUGUGAAUAACAGUAGGAUGUGUUUGGGAGGGGGUGCUAUCUUAAGAUAUUUGAAUAUUUCUUUAUGUAGUCAAGAUUGUGACAUGGGAUUUAAAGUGGAGGUGAUUAUUAUUACCCUGAAUGCUUGGAGCCUAGUUUAUUACACAGGUGUUCACAGCAGAUGAUGGGUAGUAUGGAAUGACUGUUAUAGAGGGGAAAAAAUAGAACAGAUGGUUAAUGUGCAGUUGAGGAGAAAUCCUAAAAAAAUUUGAGUACAUCUUGUUUACAUUAAAUGCAAUUUAGACAUGUGCAGCGUAAAGAGCUGAUGGCAUAUGUUAAUUAUUCAUGUCAUUCAAAAAGUACUUAAUUAAAAUGUAUUAGUAAUGAGGGUUAGACCAAUGAAUACCAGAAGUGCUGACCAUGCCAUGUAAUUAAUAAUUCUCCUUAUACUGUUUAAACUGUUGACAUAUUUUAUAGUUUGUGUAAAGUGACCACUGUGAUUAAAGCAAACCUUAAGUUGGCUACAAAAGUGCUUUUUGUUAGCUGUCUGAUUGGAAGGGAAUUGUUUGCUGCAUAAAUAUACUUAAUAAACGUGUAAAAGUA